AUGAAGUCAGGCCUGCCGCGCAAAAGCGCUUUCUCAUGUGAAGCUUGUCGUAAGCGCAAGGCUAAUAUCUUGCCAUCGGAUAGGUCAAGUGUAACGGAGCCUCUCCGUCUUGUUCGCGAUGCGCUGCCAGGGGCGAAAGCCCCAACUCUUUCCUAUACAAAGCAACUCGAAUCCAGAGUCACUCAGUUGGAGGAUGCGUUGGCCAGAUUGAAGAAUCAGCAGGCCGAUGCCGAGGCGAGGAAGGUGAGCUCGCCGGCGUCCGUGGCCGAGUCGAGCUCCAGCGCGGGACGCAAAAUCAAGUCCGAGCAUGAUGAGACACAGGAAUUGGCGAGAGAUUUUGAUGGAUUGAAUGUGGAAAAUGACGGUCGCAUAUCCUUUCAUGGCCCGACAAGUCUGUUCCAGCUACCGAGCGGAGUUGUGAAUGAGACCGCGUCAACAUCGCAUUUUGCUCAGGAACUCGAGGCACGCAAGGAACGCUUGAUCACUAGUGCCUGGCGGGAACGUGCAUUUGAGCAGAUGGCCACGAUGCCGGAACCAUUCCAAUAUCUCAUCGACUCUCACUGGUGCUGGAUUCAACCUCUAUUCAAUUUCGUCUACCGUCCCGCUUUUACUCGUGAUAUGAAAUUAAACGGACCCUACUAUACCGACGUCCUCCUCAAUGCUAUCCUAUCCCAUUCUGUACGAUGGUGCAAAGAAGAACCCCAGAUUGGACCACUAUUGGACUCUUUCGAAGGUGGAGCGCAAUUCUAUCAGCGUGCCCGAACUGGGAUAUUCGAGUCUCUCCAGAGUGGAUAUGCAGGAAUCCCAACUAUACAAACACUCCUCCUUCUCAGUGCACAAGAAUGCGGCCGUGGAAACCGGACACAAGCUUGGUUAUACAGUGGAAUGGCUUUCCGACUGCUAGAUGAUUUAGGCAUCUCGAUUGACAGCCGCAAAUACCCUGGGACAGCCCAAUUGACCGACGAAGAAAUUGAGAUCCGCAAUCGACUCUUUUGGAGCUGUUAUUUCUGGGAUAAGGUUGUCUCUUUAUAUUUUGGUCGGGCGCCAGCAAUGCAGCAUUCGCGUGUUAGCCCACCGCGCAUGAUAUUGGACGAUACUUCUGAGAUCGAAAUUUGGACACCUCACGGUGUGACCUUCCCUGAUGGGGCGCACUAUCCACCAACACAAGCACAUUCGACUUCGUGUUUCAUGAGGAUGUGCGGACUAGCAGAAAUUCUAAACCAGAUCCUCAUUCAUAUUUACGACCCAAUGCGACAAAGUACAGAAGCAGAAUUUUUUGAAUGUGUUCAGGAACAGGCCAAGAAUCUGAGCGAAUGGUGGGAGGAGCUUCCAGACUACUUAAAGUUGGUAGCCACAGAUCUCCCACCAUACUGCCCACCGAGCCAUAUAAUGACAUUGAACAUCUACACCGCUGCUUCGAUCUUCCUGCUCGAGAUUCAAGCUUUGAAAUACGCUGCCCCAGGCACCUUGGACAAACUUAAGUUCUGCAUUCUGGCCCUAGAGAGAAUUCAGGUUUCCAAUCCAGUCAUGUCAACUGCCCUUAAUCUUGUCUAUCAAGAGCUCCAAAAACUACAAAUCGACAUUCACGCCCCAGCUGCGGAUGCCGAAAAACAACGCCACCAACAACAUCCACCCCCUCAAAGACCCCAAUCAACAAGUCACAGCCAAUCCCCAUCUGUGAGCAGCAAUCCAUCUCGCCACGUCUCUCCCGGACAGCAUCAGCACCAGCAGAGCAGAGCAACAAUUGGCACGCAACCCGGCAUGGGGGUAUCUAACACCAGCACCCCAAUGAUGUCCAACUAUAACUUUCAACAACCACUCUCGGGAUUCAACCUUUCACAAAUGAGCGACAUGCCUCAAAUGGCUCCAACUCAUUUACUAGGCGGAAUGCCCAACGCAGUCAUGACAGUCGAUGAUCCACGCUCAUACGAAAUCACACCCGAGGUUUUUGAAGCAUUCUCGUAUGCCCAGCCUAUCACGACUAAUAUGACUUCCUUUGAAGCGAACUGGCACAACCAAGCCCAGUAG